CCUCUGCCGACUGGCAGGAGGGAAAGUUCGGCAGAGGCGGGAGCAGCGCAGCUGAGGGACCCCGCCCGGCUGUCAGCAGUGCUGCUGGGUUCUGUGCUGAAUGAUAUCAUACUGAAAAGCAGAAACAGUACGCUGUGCAUGGCUGCUCUUUCUCCUGCUUCCCUUGUCCCAUCCCACUCCAUACUGGCAAGCGAGUCAUAAAGAGGCAGAGAGAACUCCUCAGGGGAAGGACUACCGUGACAGCCUCCUUUACCGCUAAGCCAUAAAGAGCAGAAAGAAAAGUGGUGGCGCUGAGCGGUACGCGGUGUUAGCAGAAGGGGGCGGUACUUUCUCUCUGGACCCUGACUGGAAGCCCAGUGCGACUCCAGGGCAGUCACCAACAGAAGCAGAUGUGCGAGCCCAGCAGCUGUGCGUCUCUCUCUCUGCCCAGACUCUUUUCCAUUGCAAGGAGAGAAGCCAGGAUCGUUUUUAACCACUGAAGGACUUAUGUAGCCCUCAUCCGUGCAGGACCCCCUCAUCUUCGGCACAGCAGGAAGGCUAUGAUGGGAGGAAAUGAAAGAACUUGGAGGAUCCACUUAAUCGAUUGUUUCUGCCUAGAAGAUCUUCUUUUGGAAGCAGGAGAGCGGUCUUACAUAAUGGCUGACUUCCAAAGGCAGGCCGCCUUCUAGAAGGAAAUGGAUGAAAUUGGUCCAGGGGACUUCAGAGGCACCGAGGUCUAACCAGGAAAGCCCUUGUGUGGGGCCUUCCCGGCGCCCUGGGAUGCUGCACACGCUGGACGCAUGGCCUGCACCUGAAUGAGGAUGGUCCGUCGUGGGCUGCUGGGGUGGAUUUCUCGGGUAGUGAUUCUGCUGGUUCUGCUCUGCUGUGCCAUCUCUGUCCUCUACAUGUUAGCCUGCACCCCAAAAGGCGACCAGGAGCAGUUGGGACUGCCCAGGGCCAAUGGCCCCACGGGCAAAGAUGGCUACCAAGCUGUGCUGCAAGAGCGUGAGGAACAGCAUCGCAACUACGUGAAUAGCCUUAAGCGACAGAUCGCGCAGCUCAAGGAUGAACUGCAGGCACGCAGUGAGCAGCUCCGCAGCGGGCAGGACCAGGCCAGCGAUGCUACCAGCCUGCGCUCAGGCUGGGACCCUGCACCCAAAGCCCAGCCCGAUCUGCUGGCCUUCCUGCGCGGGCAGGUGGACAAGGCCGAGGUCCAUGCAGGUGUUAAGCUGGCCACCGAGUAUGCUGCCGUGCCUUUCGAUAGCUUCACCCUGCAGAAAGUGUACCAGUUGGAGACUGGCCUGACUCGCCACCCUGAGGAGAAGCCGGUCAGGAAGGACAAGCGCGAUGAGUUGGUGGAAGCGGUCGAAUCGGCCCUGGAGAGUCUGAACAGCCCCGUGGAGAGCAGCCCACACCAGCGUCCUUACACGGCUGCGGACUUCAUAGAAGGGAUAUACCGAACAGAAAGGGAUAAGGGCACUUUGUACGAGCUCACCUUCAAAGGGGACCACACCCAUGAAUUCCAGCGCCUUGUCCUGUUUCGGCCCUUUGGCCCCAUCAUGAAAGUGAAAAAGGAGAAGCUGAACAUGGCCAACACGCUGAUCAACGUCAUCGUGCCCCUAGCGAGGAGGGUGGACAAGUUCCGGCACUUCAUGCAGAACUUCAGGGAGAUGUGUAUCCAGCAGGAUGGAAGAGUUCACCUCACCGUUGUUUACUUUGGGAAAGAAGAAAUGAAUGAAGUCAAAGGAAUACUUGAAAACACUUCCAAAGCUGCCAACUUCAGAAACUUCACCUUUAUCCAGCUGAAUGGAGAAUUUUCCCGGGGGAAGGGACUGGAUGUCGGAGCCCGCUUCUGGAAGGGAAGCAACGUCCUGCUGUUUUUCUGUGACGUGGACAUCUACUUCACCUCUGAGUUCCUCAACACAUGCAGGCUGAACACACAGCCAGGGAAGAAGGUAUUUUAUCCAGUUCUUUUCAGUCAGUAUAACCCUGGCGUAAUCUACGGCCAUCAUGAUGCAGUCCCGCCCCUAGAGCAGCAGCUGGUCAUCAAGAAGGAAACGGGGUUUUGGAGGGACUUCGGGUUUGGGAUGACUUGUCAGUACCGCUCAGACUUCAUCAACAUAGGUGGGUUUGACCUGGACAUCAAAGGCUGGGGUGGUGAAGAUGUGCACCUGUACCGGAAGUAUCUCCACAGCAACCUCAUCGUGGUCCGCACACCUGUACGGGGGCUAUUCCACCUUUGGCAUGAGAAGCGCUGUGUGGAUGAACUGACCCCCGAGCAGUACAAGAUGUGCAUGCAGUCCAAGGCCAUGAAUGAGGCUUCCCACGGGCAGCUGGGGAUGCUUGUCUUCCGGCAUGAAAUAGAGGCUCACCUUCGCAAACAGAAGCAGAAAGCGGGCAGCAAAAAGACAUGACCUCCCAGGCACAGAUUAGUGGAGACAUUUAAGUUGUUUGCUUUUGGCGGUUGCUGAAUAACUGAAUGCAAUAAGGUAUAAACUUCCACACAGGGCGACAAAGAAUCUGGCUGAUGACUUAGAGAUGAAAGGAGCGAGUCUCCGGUUUCUGUGGGCUCCAAGUGUGGUGACAGUGACUGUGUUUACAGCAGAUCUCUCUGUCCCUGCACACUGAAAUAUUCACAACCUCAGACAAGCUUUGAAAAAAAUCACUAGAAGAGAUGCAAGUGUUCUGGCUUCUCUUCUUAGGGAUGGUUAAUUCAGAGAGCUCUGGUGUCCAGGACUAACAACAUCUCAGAAGGAGCAGAGGACCUGCAGGCAUGGAGAUCGAGCAUGAGCACCCUCCAGGAGACAGGGAGCAAAAUCAAAGGGACCUGGAAACAAACUGUCAAUAUUGUCUUCCACCCAUAUUAGCCAAAAAAAAAAAAAAAACCUCUCUUUUCAGUUAUCAUUUAGUUACUAUUCUGAAAAUGCACUUUUCCUUGUAUUAUUCUUAUUUAAUUACCUAUUUGCAAGACUUAGUAGGAGCACAUUGUAGUAUAUACACUUUUAUGAUUUUAAGAUUUGUUUUUAUUUUUUCUUGAUUUUGUUGGUUUGUUUAUUGGAGAGAGUCUUGACACAGACCCAGAGCUAACUUUGAAAUAAUGAUCCUCCUCCCUUAGCAGCCCAAGUGCUGAAAUUAUGGUUAUGCACCAGCAUAUCUGGCAAGAAGGUACCUAUAGAGGUGUGUGAAGAGAGGUACCUAUGGGGUGUGUGAUGAGAGGUACCUAUGGGGUGUGUGAUGAGAGGUACCUAUGGGGUGUGAGACAAGAGGCACCUAUGGAGGUGUGUGACACGAGGCACCUAUGGAGGUGUGUGAGGAGAACCUCAGCUGCAGACAUCUGAGAGCCAAUCCGAGACUUGCCAAACUCGAAGCUAAGGCUGUGAGUGGGCCGCAGAGAGAAAUGCAGAAGCUGUCCAAGACUAUCUGAAGAGGGCAAACACUGGAGAAAGGAAGACGCUUUCAUCUUCACUGAGAAGGGACGCUAUGGCCUUGGUCUCUUUGCCGGAGAACAUACUUUCUCCUCUGGAGAAAAGGGGACCACUUCCUUACCUGUUUGAAUAAACCAAAGUUAUGAACCAAACAACCGCUUUUCAAAGCAGGGUGCUCUUCCUGGUUUCUGGCUUCCAGAAGAAGAAAAUGCAGGAAAAAAAUAGACAUAUAUUUUGUGAAAGACCAGUCCAUCAUUCCAGCGAGAUGGAGGAUUUUGCUACAUUUUCACUCCUUCCUGACUAUGUGGAAGCAACUUAUUUUUAAAAUAAUCAAUGGUACUUGAUUGCCAAGAAGCUUCUGAAGCUUGCAUUUUCUUACGUCUUCAAAAUCUUUUUUUUAAAAAAUAAAUAUGGUUACCAUUGA